UUAACGUUGGAAUUAUCUCGUGUUAUAUUAUCAACCAGAUAACCUAGAAAUACCCAAGCCGUGUUAAAAUGGGUGAAAGAUACAAUAUCCACAGCCAGCUAGAGCAUCUUCAGAGCAAAUACAUCGGUACCGGUCACGCCGACACCACGAAGUACGAAUGGUUAACGAACCAGCACAGGGAUUCGUGCUGCAGUUACAUGGGACAUCCAGACUUGUUAAGCUACUUUGCUAUCGUAGAAAAUGAGUCUAAAGCUCGAGUGAAGUUCAACUUGAUGGAGAAGAUGCUGCAGCCGUGCGGCCCGCCGCCGGAGAAGCCUGAAGAUUAAUUUAAUUCUAAGUGUGCACUAAGCUGUUUUUUUAAAUCUGUUCAUAUAUUCUCUUAGUUUGGAAUA